AUGCGGAAUCGACCCUAUCCCAGUGCAACAGUGCAACAGCUCUGCGCCGCGCUGGCUCUCCCUCCUGCCACCACGGCUGAGGGGCUGCGCGCCGCGCAGAAGGACGAGUUCCACGGCAAUGAGUUCUCCCUGCUCGUAUCGCACGCGCUCGGCGCUCUCGCCGGCCCGCAGUGGGUGCAGAAGCACCGCGAGGAGGUCCGGGCGGCGGCGCGCCUCGCCUACGGCGGCCUCUCGACGGCGCGCCUCGCGCAGACGCCGGGCGAGGAGUACUGCGACAUCACGUGCGUAGACGCGGCCACCGGCCAGCCGCUGCCGCUCCGCCGCCGCUGGAUCGCCGUCUUGAUUGGGGCGCUGACGCCGUACCUUGCUCUCCGCCUCGAGGCGCGGCUCGUCUCCGCGGCCCGCUCCUCCGAGUCGCCCCUCGCCGCCGCUCUCGCCGCGCGGCUCGGCUCGUUCGGCGAGGCGCUCCGCCGGCUGCAGCUCGCUCUCUUUUGUCUCGGCCGCGCUCCCCGUCGGCUGGUCGACGUGCCGCUCGGCAUCGCGCACGUGCGGCACGGCGCGCGGGCCGGGUCGGCCUCGUCGCCGUACCGCUCCCUCGGCCUGCUCAUGCUCUGCCAGCUCGCCCUCUCCUCCCUCGCCCUGCUCGCCGAGCUCCGCGCCGCCGCCUCCGCCCGCAGCCGCCUCCGCGCAAUCGCGUCUGUCCGGCGAGCGGCGAGGGCGGGCAGCCUGCCGCCUGCCGCCGCUCCCCUCCUCAGCGCUGCGUUGUGCCUGCACGGAAUGGUCUGA